UCAUUAUUACAGCGUCUGCAGAGAGGUUAACAUCCCCCUUGAUCUCUGCUCGCUCGCUGUAGAUUGGUGCAUGCACGUGAAUGAGGUGGGCCCUCAAGAUGGAUGUCAUCUCACUGUGACUGCUGCUGCAAGAGCCACAAAAGCGAGCGAGAGGGAGAGAGCGGCACCUCCUUCAACGAGCUCUCCACUUCUUGUUCUGAGACCCAGUCGGAGGCCAGCUCCCCUCAAGGAACCGUGAUCUGCGGCCCCGUUAGUCGGCAGUCCCACAUCCAGACGCUGGACCGUCCCAUGCCGAAAGGACCAGGUCACAUGAUGCAUCAUGCAGAGAUGCGCCGCAAGACAGAUGUUCUCCGGGUGAGAACCUUUGGAGUCAGGGAACGAGAGGCCGCAAAGAGGAAAGCAAACAAGGAGAAGAUGACUCCAGAGCAGGAGCUGGAGAAAUGCAUCCAGGAUUUCCGGCGCAUUAGGAUUCCCGAUCGCUUUCCAGAGAGGAAGUACAUGUGGCAAUCAGAGCUCCUGAGAAAGUACCGUCUCUAAAAAAUGAGAGUGAUAGAAGAGGAGAGAUUGAGGUAUCAUGUCAACAACUGUAUUAAGUGAAAGGACUACACCCUCUAAGACACACACUGUAUUAAACAAAUGGCCACUUUCCCGCCAGCAUGAGUAGCUGAGCACACAAGGUACAAGGCAGUGUGAGUCCUUGAUUUGUAAAGUCUGCACAGUGUUGUGUGUAAUAUGCACAUGUGUAAAUCAGGUUACUCCUGUUGGGGCUUACAUCACCUAAACGUGUUCUCCCUUCAGAGAGCCGGGUGCAAGUCACAUAAAGGCUACUAUGUCACUAGUUGAAGCAACAAAGCAACCUCAGGGGCAACAUGUCGAUUCAUCAACCUAUCACUUACUGUUUGUGCUAUUUCCCACAAUUACUGUUUUUUAAACAUGGAUGUACCCAGAAGGUGCUUUGAGUUAGCGAUUGAAUAUCACUUUACUCCACUAAAUAACACAUAAACUUAUAGUAGGCUUUGGUAAAGGCACUGCAUGUCAUUUCACCCCUAGCAUAAAUAUGCAAUAUCAAACAAACUUUGAUUCACUAUUUUGUGUGAUGGGUAAAAGUGAUGUGUUAUGACUGACCGUUAAUUAAAUGAGGAAAGCACUGCCUAGGUCUGUUUGCAAUUGUAAAAAUAUUGUCAAUAUAUGUUGGAUAGAUGAUAUUGUGUAGGUAGAGUAUAUAAUGUCAAUGGAUAUUUGAUGAAUCCUUGAUUGUAAGUGUGCAAAAAAAUGCUAAUAAAUGGAUUAGAAUUGUA